AUGGAGAAAGAACGACUUUUUGUGUGUUUUGGAUGUGGUGCAAUUGUUUUGCUUUUGACUUGUGUGAUGUUUCUUCAAGGGCACAAAGAGAUCGUUGGUAUCGUUUUGGUCGGAAUGCUUUGGGGAUGUACGAACCCUUUGAUGAAACAGGGGAUUCACUUCGAGCAUCCAGAAGGAGCAACUCUAGUUCAAAAUAUAGUAACCGAUAUUAAAACUCUAGUUUUGAGCUAUGGAUUUGUCAUCCCAUUUUUGAUCAAUCAAAGCGGCUCUAUACUUUUUUCUGUGCUUUUGGGAAGUAACGACUUCUCACUUAUCGUGCCCCUGUCGAACGCCCUGACUUUCAUAUUUACGUUCUUAACAGCGUAUUUACUUGGGGAGAGUAAGCUUUCCAUCAAGUGUCUGUGUGGUGUUAUUUUAGUUCUUGUGGGUGUGACAAUUUGUCAGACCGCGAAAUGA